GCCUCAUGUCUCAUGGUCUAUGACCACUUUCUAGUCUCAUUUCCAGAUAUGAUGAAGCUUAAGGUCUCUUACCUCUCUGGAUACUGUCUUUUUCUGCAAGUGAUGAUGUCUUCAGCGAAACUGAUGGUACCCACUCACAAAAGACAAGUGUUAGCUAGAGUAGGAGGCCAGGCUGAGCUCAGCUGCCAAGUGACCCCACCACGCAGUGUGGAGUAUAUGGAGGUGCGCUGGUUCAGGAGUGGCCAUCCCCAACCUGUUUACCUAUACAGAGGUAGCCGUGGAGCAGACGGAGAAGCUGCACCUGAAUAUGAGAAUCGUAUAGAAUUUGUGAAAGAGGCCAUUGGGAAGGGAAAUGUGACCCUCAGAAUUCGUAAUAUCAGCAUUGCUGAUGAUGGGCCUUACCGGUGUUUAUUUAAUGACAGUGCCUUCAGUUAUGUGGCCAGCGUGAACCUCAGUGUGGCAGCAGUUGGAUUGGAGACACAGAUCCAUGUUCAAGCUCCUAGUGCUGAUGGAGUCAUUGUAGAAUGUAAAUCAGCAGGGUGGUUCCCUCAGCCCCAAAUGGAGUGGAGAGACAGCAGGGGGAAAGCACUUCCACUGUCAUCAAAAUCAUAUUCACAGGAUGAAGCUAAAUUUUUCCACUUAAAGACGACUCUUCUCACAAAUAGGUCACAGGGCAGUAUCAUGUGCUGGAUUUUCAACCCUUUAACAGGUGAAGAGAAGCAAACAAGUAUCAUCCUAGCGAAUGACCUCUUUAAUCAAGACCACAUUUGGAUGAACCUUUUAAUUUCCAUUGCAUGUAUAAUACUCUUUGUAUUUGUGAUAUACACCAGCUGCUCUUGUAUAAGACGAGAGUCUUCAUCUGCAUGUCAAGAAAAGUGUCACAGUGUAUGUAUCUCGGAGCCUAUUCAAAUACUGAGUUUCUUAAUCUGUACUGCAGUACUCUUUGCUGUAUAUCUACCACUCCGGAAGAGAGUUUCUAUUUCAGAUCCUCAGUUUCCCUUAUACAACUCCUGGAUAACAGAAUUGUUAACUGUGAUAUUUUUCCUGGUGAUAUUUUUCUUCCUACCAAUCAUUAUAUUAUUAUUCAAAGAACUUGGAGGUUUCCAUCAAUGGAGAAGAAAACUCAGAAUGUUUAACUGCAUGAGAUAAUGCCCAUGAGACCUCAACCCUACACAAAGAACUGUAGGCAACUAUGGAAAGCUGGAAGCAGAAGAGGUGUUUUCCACAGGGAAGAGCUAUAAAUUGAUUGUCCAGUGGCAAAUCAUUA